UGUACAUUACUACUAUGUUUAAAAUGUAUGUAAAAGUAGUUAAGAGCUUUGGUACGUCUCGGAAAUUCUCGGUAAGGCUGGAAAAAUUUAAAAGUGAAGUGGGUGUUUUAGUCUUUUCAAGCUGAUAGAAGAAGAACAAAAACUAUCAUCAGAGAGACAUACAAUAAUUUGGAGGUGAGAGGAGAAGAAGAUCUGUCAUCGAGCUGUCUUGUUCCGAUUUGAAAACUGGAAAAAGGUCGUCAGAAGAAAGGAUGAAUGUAGAAGAGGAGAUUCAGAAACUUGAGGAAGAGAUCCAUCGUCUUGGUUCUCUCCAGUCCGAUGGCUCUUACAAGGUGACGUUUGGAGUGUUGUUUAAUGACGACCGAUGUGCCAACAUCUUCGAAGCAUUGGUUGGGACAUUGAGAGCCGCCAAGAAGCGCAAGAUAGUGGCAUUCCCAGGAGAACUCUUGCUUCAAGGCGUUCACGACAAGGUUGAGAUCACUCUCCGACCACCUCCACCACCGCCUCAAGCUGUCGCCGCCACUUCCUAAGUUCCCGUUUUUGUUUUGUUUUCUCUUUUUGUUUUUUUUUUUCUCUGUGUGUAAUGAAAUGAUGAACUGGAUGAUCAAUGAUUGCCUUUGCUUUGCUUCUCUCUAUUGGUAUCACAUCUAAGCUUUGAGCCA